AUGGUGGGGCAUGGUUUUUUGGCCUAUUUGGACCAUAUCCAAAAUGUGGAUGUAGAGUCUACUUCUAUUGAGUCUAUUCUAGUAGUGUGUGAAUUUCCGGAAGUAUUUCCUUCGAAUUUACCUAGUAUGCCUUCUGACCGAGAUAUAAAUUUCUACAUUGACUUAGAGCUGGGUACUCGUCCAAUUUCCGUUCCUCCCUACCGUAUGGCUCUGGCAAAGAUGAGAGAGAUUAAACCUCAAAUUCAGGAGCUUCUUGAUAAAAGAUUUAUUAAUCUUAGUACUUUUUCUUGGGGUGCUCCAUUACAAGGUGCUUCAGUCUUCUCCAAGACUGAUCUCAGGUCUGGGUAUCAUCAGUUGAAAAUUAGGCCUGAGGAUGUGCCCAAAACAACUUUUAGAAUAAGUCUAGCCUAUUUGAAGGCCUUUAAACUGCCCCUGGCUAGAGAAUUCAGGCCUGGAGGCCAGGUUCAUGAGGCUAGGCAUCUCAUAGCAAGGUGGGAUAAUGGCCGGAGUUGA